AUGGCCCAAGAACCUCCCCAAGACGAGAUCCAAUGGCGCUCUCCACCGCACGCCCAAGAGUUUGGUGGCAUACAUUCAAACACCAUACUCUUCUACUUCGCGAUAUCGCCGUUCUUCGAUCAGACCUCGAACAACCACACCGUCUACACGCAAGCCUUCUUCACCGGUCAGAUGCACCUGGUCCAGACACGCGAAGCAUUCGAAGGACGACUAAAAACAAUGACGGGCCUUGAAUUCAUGGUCGCGCAGGAACCAGCAAACAUGGUGAACGGGACGGGUGUUUGGGUCAUCAGGAAACAGCAUAGACAGCAGCGGCCGGGCCAGGAAUCUUUGUUGACCUUGAUUUCAACGUAUUUCGUGGUGGGCGAGAACAUCUACAUGGCGCCCUCCAUGGGCGAUGUCCUGAGCAGCAGAUCUCUCUCCAUCCUGACCUCCCUCAACAAAUUCUUCACCAAAGCCUCCACCCUCCCAACCUUCACCCCCGCCCUCGGCACAACCUACAUGCCACCGCCCAGCACCAAAGUCGCAGCCGCACAUUCCCAACUCGGACAAACCAGCAAAGAAAACACACCCCUCCCAGACUCCCUACAGACCAAAAAGGGCCCAGGACCCUCCACAAACAACAACAGCUACCUCAGCUCGCGCCUCCUUGAAGAAACGCUCAACAUAACACUAAAAUACGGCGACGAGUUCAUGGACGAGAACCCGAUUACAGGGGAACCAGGCGCGUUUCAUCUCACGGGGACUGGGAGGAAGGAGAAGGAUGUGAGUAAAUUAAUGGUGCCAGCGCUAAGUAAGCCAGGGAGUAGCGCGGCGACGAGUAAAGCGCCUACCCCGGCGCCGCCGACGCUGAAGACGGAUAUUGAACCUGCGCCAGCGAAGAAGAAGGGAGAGAAGACGCCGACGAAGAGUCCCGGGGGUGGGAAGCUGAAGAGGAGGAAGAGUAAGGUUGGGUCGGGGGGUGGAGUUAGUCCUACUACGUAG